AUGGCUAGCAAUGGCGAGAUCGCAGGUGUAGUCGCGGGAGCAGUCGUCUUAUUCGUCGCCAUCAGUGUGAUCCCUAUAACGCUGGAAUCGGACAAAGAAGACAAGAUCUACUGCGUACAACUAACAAACUUGGAACACAGCAUCAUCAUGUGGCGGCACCGCAGGAAAGAGGCUGCAAGAAGGGCCCGCGAGCUGGCUGCAUUGCGAGAGUAUGGCUGCAUGCAACAGGUGGGCGUGGAGAGAUGGCUGGAAGAGCAGCGGAAGGAUGCCGUUGCGGGCAGCCGAAGCAACAACAACAACACUAAUGUCCAUGAUUUUGGACGGUACACGCAAGAACCGUGGUAA